AGCGGAAAUAGAUGUGAGCUCAGCUAGCUUGACAGAUAGCCUGCACACCCGUGUCUCCUUGCUGCCGCUAUUAAAAGGUUUGGUGCGGGUGUUAUUCCUCCAUCACUUCCUUCCUUGGAGCAAUAGUUUGUCAGGCGGGGAGGUGUGAGGAGCCCGGCUCUUCACUCCUUCAUGCUGCUCAGGAGCCAUGGCGGAGCGGCCACUGAGGAGGAACCAGCGGCCGGAGCUCAGCGGGUCCACAGCGGCGUCUCAAACCAGGAAGGAACCACGUUAAUACAGAUGGAUGUCUACGGUUAACGUUGACGUUACCUGCCGGAGACAGUAGUGGAGGCUUCGAAAGUUUUACACUCAUCUUCAGCUUUUGUCACAGCCGACCGGUUCAACUUUUCGCUACCUGGCAUUCCCCUAAUGUCGACGGGAACACAGCGACGCGGAGUUUGUUUCGCUUUUCUUUUCUUCCAGGAACGUUACGUGUUUGCCCUGUAAAGCCAUCAGCCUCUGGCGUCAAUCUGGCGCAGUGUUCCGCAGUGGCUCGUAGAGCGGCUCUUUAAUAUCGCAAAGCCGAGUCACUGGAGGUUACCAUGGGGGCAAAGCAGAGCAGCCCCGCUGCUAAUCCCGCUGCUAACGGACGGACCAGAGCCUACUCCGGCUCGGACCUGCCCUCCAGCACGUCCAGCAGCAACGGCAGUAAUGUUAGCAGGACUACCGCCGGGGGGGUGAGGUACCAUGCGUACAGUGCGUCCGGAGCCUCGUCCAGCACCAGCCAGCACCUUGGAGCCAGGGCCAGGUCCGCGGGGGGCUCCGGAGGCUCCGGGACCAGACCCCAGUCCGGUAUCACCAUUCCGAACAUUAGCGGAGCCUACAGCUCCCAGGAGUCAGGCGGCAGUAGCCCGGAGGAGGCGGACCGGGAGCGCUCGGGCGGAGGGCACGAGGGUCCCCGGCUGGUGAUAGGGUCCCUACCAGCACAACUCUCGCCUCAUCUGUUCGGAGGAUUCAAGUGCCCUGUGUGCUCCAAGUUUGUGUCCUCAGACGACAUGGAUCUUCACCUGGUCUUGUGCUUAACCAAACCCA